AUGCAGGCUGCAAACCGACUUUGGACUGCCCUGAGCAAGGGGCAACAGUCCUUCGGAGCAUGGCAAAUGAUACGAGGAGCUAAUGUUUCUCGAAUACUUGCGAGGACUGGAGUUGACUGGGUUCUUGUUGAUUGCGAGCAUGGAGAUAUUGACGACGGGGCGAUGCAUGAGGCAGUGCCAGCCAUCGCCGACGCAGGCGUGUCUCCUAUUGUCAGACCGCCAGGCAUGGAAGGAUGGAUGAUUAAGAGAGCCUUGGACAGUGGAGCUCACGGCGUCCUCAUCCCUCUCAUAGAAACCGUUGAAGAGGUCAAGAGAGUCGUAAAGGCCGCCAAGUUCCCACCCCAGGGUCGACGAGGCUUCGGAUCUCCCUACGCUCAGCAGCGGUUCAACCCAUCUCCAAACUUUAUCGAAUAUCUCCAUCAAGCCAACGAUGCCACGUUAGUUAUUGUUCAGAUCGAGACCAAGGAGGCAUUAGAGGCUGUCGACGAGAUUGCAGCUGUAGAUGGUGUCGACGUCCUUUUCAUUGGCCCAUUCGACCUCGGAAACAACAUCGGUCAUCCUAUUGUUAGCAGCGAGAUGGCACCCCAAUUGAAAGAUGCAAUUGCAAAGGUCCUCGCGGCUAGUCACAAGCACGGCAAAAAGUGUGGCAUCUAUACGUCGGGAGGUCAGCAGGCCAACGUUUUUGCGCAGCAAGGCUUCGACAUGAUCAGUGUCGCAACAGACCACACCUCUCUGGAUGAUGUUGUGAGAGGACAUUUGAGUGUUGCCAGUGCUACAGCUAAACCCGACAAGGGGGUUUCAUACUGA